AUGACCUCGCUUCACAAUCUCUACCCAAAGCACCGGGCCCAUGCCUCGUCGCGCAUUCAUAGACGGCGAUAUUCACCUCAGUCCUUCGUCUACACCGUCCUGUUGUUCUCCCUGCUCGGCCUCGCAGGCUACGUCUAUCGCUCCGACACAUCGAUCCAACGCCAUGCCCAUCCAUACACGACUUUGAACAAGAGACAGCUCGGCGCAUUCGCUUCCAGCGAUGAAGAGUGCCGACUCGUCCACCAAGCCACCGACCAGUGCCGCUACAUCACAAAACACUGCCCCGAUGAAGACCCAGGCUUCUACUCGUAUCUUUCCCUCUUCUACUGCCGAAUGCCGCACGCCAAACCCGUCGCUUUCCUCAUUCUCGUCUCAUGGCUUGGUCUUUUGUUCAGCACUAUCGGCAUAGCUGCCAGCGACUUCUUCUGCAUCAACCUGAGCACAAUCGCUACUAUUCUUGGAAUGAGUGAGAGCAUGGCUGGCGUCACCUUUCUGGCUUUCGGAAACGGCAGUCCAGAUGUCUUCUCUACCUUUGCCGCCUUCAGUACAAACAGCAGUAGUCUGGCCAUUGGAGAGUUGUUCGGUGCUGCUGGCUUCAUCACUGCUGUCGUUGCUGGUUCCAUGGCUCUUGUUAGACCUUUCAAAGUUGCCAAAAAGGCCUUCAUCCGUGAUGUUGGUUUCUUCACCGUUGCCGCCGCUUUCAGUUUGUCUUUCUUGUGGGACGGAAGACUACACCUCUGGGAGUGCAUCACAAUGGUCCUCUUCUACAUCUUUUACGUGGCUUUUGUUGUCGUCUGGCACUGGUGGAUGGGUGUCAGAAGACGCAGACGUGAGAGAAUUGCUGCUGCUAGAGGCCAUUUCAUCGUCCCUGGAAGCGAAGAAGUCGAUGCCGAGGAGUCCUAUCAUGACAUCGAAGAUGAAGAGUCCAACACAAGGCCUUCGUUCUCCCGCGGCCCUUCAGUCGAUGACUUUUCUGCUCUUGAGAGAGGCGACACACCUCACAUCGUCGAGCCAUACGAGGACGAGGAUGACGACGAAGCUAGAGACCGAUGGUUAGGUGAGCUGAAGAGCAAUAUGCGCUUGACUAGACCUGGCCCUGGAUCUCGUCGCAAUACUCUGACGCCCAUUCGACCCAGUUUGGUAGGUGCUCUUGAGUUUCAAGCAGUCCUCAAGUCUUUGCAAAAAACCAGACAACAUCAAACGAUUCCCAUGCACACCAGGCGCUACUCUGACGAUCCAACAUACACUACUGUUCAGCAACAAGAGCAGCUAUCUGGAGAUUCCGACCCAGCUGCUCGACCUCCUUUCCAUGCGACGACCGAAGGGAAUUCUCCAACCCUUGAACGGCCUGCUCUUGACGUCUUCAAAAACACAUCUGGCCGUACACGUGCCGUCUCUGCGAACGAUGCUGCGCAUUUGCGCAUCGAUCCUCGUUUCGUGCAAAAGCACACCCCUAACAUGAUGGACAUCGUCGAAGACGAAGACAAUAAACUUCAACCACCUUCAGCUCGGCCAGCAUCCUUCCGCAGUAUGCCAUCUGAUCGUUCUCGUCGACCUCACACUCCUGAAGUCACCGUCUCUGAUUUUGAUGAUUAUGUCACGAGCUCGCGACAAGACCCUGAGAUUGACGCUUCUGAGUACCAACGUAACCGUUCUACAAGCUUGAUCAGUGCACCAGCUCCAGACAUGUUGGAAGAUGCGGCAGUAUCUCCAACUCCUCGAUCUCGCUUGAGCAGCCCUAGCCAUUCACCUCGUACAUUCGGGAAAGACCUUUACAAUCUCAAGAUACCGGCAAGCAGUCAGAUCUCACCGAAUGCAUCAGCGCCGUCUUCUCCUUUCCCAGCAUAUUAUGAGCCGGCUUCCGCUAGCAGCUCUAGACCUCCUAGUCUAUACCUCCCUCCCGCAAGCGUUUCUGUUGCUUCAUAUCCCCCAACGCACAUUGAUGACGAGGAAGAUGAGAGACCUCUCCGCUGGUGGCCCUACAAGAUCCUUCCACCUCCUCUUGUGUUGUUGUAUAGGCUCUUGCCCACGAUUGAGCAUUGGCGAAACAAGAACUGGUGGGAGAGAUUGCUCGCUGUAGUGGCAGCUCCAAGCAUGUUCUUGUUGAUUGUCACUCUGCCCGUUGUAGAGUCGGAUCGGGAGGAGAUUGAAGAGGAAAUCGGCAUUCUUGACAACACAGGUCCUCAGGCUCCUAGCAUUCACCCCCUGGACACUGAAAGUCCUCUAUCUGAGUCACACGUUUCGGACUACAUGCAUGCCUCUGCUGCGCCAGGUGGUGGAAGUGCUGCAGUAGCAACCCAUAUUGAGCGAGACUUUCUGGCCGUUCCUGGAGAACAUGACCCUCUCUUGUCCGCGGCUGUGAACACAGCUCUCCCAUCGCCCCAUCCAUCAAGCGCCAAAAUUCAACCUCAGUACUGGAACAGAUGGCUGACGAUCGUUCAGUUAUUCCUGGCGCCUUUGUUGAUCGUUGUCGUCAUCUACACUCAAUACCUCGACGAUGAGACCGACGGCAUACGAACGCUCAUUCGACCAAUGCUGAUAUCCUUACUUGCAUCGGUUGUCCUUCUCAUCCCUCUGCUCUUGACUACGACACCAACUCACAGACCAAAGCCAUACAAUACCAUCCUUUCCAUGGCUGGCUUUGUCGUCUCGAUAGCGUGGAUCUCUACUAUCGCUUCACAGGUCGUCGCUGUCUUGAAGGCACUUGCAGUCAUCAUGAACAUGUCGCACGCAAUCAUGGGUCUUACCAUCUUUGCUGUUGGCAAUUCACUGGGUGACCUUGUCGCAGACAUCACAGUGGCAAGACUAGGCUAUCCUAUCAUGGCAUUGAGUGCAUGUCUUGGUGGUCCCAUGCUGAAUAUCCUACUCGGUAUUGGUCUUUCCGGCUCAUGGAUCUUGAUCCGUGGAGCGGAGCACAGACAUGAAAAGCACCCGGGGAAACCGAUCAAGUUCCGCACGUACGAGAUCGAGGUCGGACAGACACUGAUCGUCAGCGGUGUCACGUUGCUCAUAACCUUGAUUGGACUUCUCAUCGCCGUGCCCAUGAACAAGUGGAUUCUUAGCCGAAAGAUUGGAUGGAUCCUCAUUGGUGUGUGGUGUGUCAGUACCACCGUCAAUGUCGUUCUUGAAGUCCUCGGAGUUGGAGAAGCAGGAGGCGAAGAAUAA